AUGCCCAGCCUUACAUUACCUCGAGUACCUCACUACCAACCACCACCUCCAACCAAGCAAGAGCUGCCUUAUGCUGAUUUAGCGAUUAUUGACUUGUCCAAGGCUAGUACGCCUGAAGGACGAGCUAGUCUUUCCGGGGAAGUCAAGAACGCGCUUCUCACACAUGGCUUCUUCUAUGUAGUCAAUCACGGUCUACCUCAGCCGAAGACCGAGCGCAUGUUUGAUAUUGCUGACGUCCCCAUGUCGUACGUUAGCGAUGAAGAGAAGCAGGCUCUCCAUGGCAGAAGUCACGAGACAGGUGUAUAUCAGGGAUAUAAACCUAGACAAUACUGGCAUCUUGAUGCUGGUGUUCGCGACCAACAGGAACACUAUAACGUUGGUAGGCACGUUCGUGACUUCAAGCAGCCUGAAGCUUUUGGUCCAUACCUUCCUGAGGUCCAAGCGUUCGUUGACCACAACCACUUCAACAUUUUCCAUCCGUUAUUGAGGGUGAUUGCACUUGGCUUGGAGCUUCCCGAAGAAACUCUAGUAAAUCUCCAUGGCUAUGACGAUCCUAACAGUACUUAUCUGAGAUUCCAAAAAUACUUCCCUCGUACCGAAGAUGAUGAGGCUAAGACCAACAACGUCUGGAUGAAAGGUCAUAAGGAUAUUGGCUCUAUUACCCUCCUUUGGAGCCAACCUGUCUCAGCACUGCAAAUACUGACUGCUGAGGGAUGGCGUUGGAUCAAGCACAUCGAAAACGCAUUGAUCAUCAACGCCGGUGAUACACUCGAGUUCUUGACCGGAGGUUUCUACAAGGGUACCAUCCACCGCGUUAUCCAACCACCCGUCGACCAACGUGGCUACACUCGUCUUGGAAUGAUCUACUUCUGCUACGCAAACGACGACGUGAGAUUGGUGCCUCUCGUGGAAAGUCCUGUACUCCAACGAGCGAUGCUCCAACCCAAGUGUGAUCCUGCGGUGGCACCGACGAUGAAGGAAUGGCGCCUGAGUCGUAUCUUGUCUUAUGGUGCCACGGAGCUGAGACAAGGGAAGGAGAAGGCCACCGAAGAAGAAGAUGUGCAUGGAAUCGUGGUGAAGCACUAUAACUAA